AUGAGUGGGAAACUUCAAAAAGCUGCUCAUGUUUCCCUGCCGCCGUGAAAGGGAUUUGUAUAAACACAAUUCAACCUGUCGGCGGCCCUUCCCAUGAGCGCCCAACAAUCCAAAGCCCCCAAACCAAGACCCCCUCCACCGAUACCCCCACCACCACUGGCAUGUUGAAAUAAUGAACCUCUUAUGUGUGGGGAUCCCUCUUUUUACCGCCCCCCUCACCUGAUCCUCAGUGCCGUUUUCUAGUCUUCGACCGGGGAUGCUGGCCGUGCCAUUCGACCACCGGUGGCAGUCCCAGACAUAUGGAGAACCGCUCAGCGGGGCAGGCUUCAGGGUGCUGAAAUGGAGCAAAUAUUGUUGAUUCUAUUACUGUUUAUCAAGGUCUUGUCAGUUGGAAGUCAGUUCAAUGGAUACAACUGUGAUGCCAACUUCCACAGUCGCUUUCCUGCUGAGAGGGACAUCAGUGUGUACUGCGGGGUACAGACCAUCACGCUCAAGAUCAACUUCUGCCCCGUCCUCUUCUCCGGCUACACUGACACGGACCUGGCCCUCAAUGGUCGCCACGGCGACGCCCACUGCCGCGGCUUCAUCAACAACAACACCUUCCCCACCGUAGUGCUCUUUAGCAUCAGCCUGGCGACGCUGGAGUCCUGCGGCAACGCCCUGGUGGUCUCCACAGGUCAGGGGCCCAACGCCUAUGGGAACAUGUCGCUUGUGCAGAUCGGCAACGUCUCGGGUUACAUCGAUACGCCGGACCCCCCCACUAUCGUCAGUUACCUGCCCGGCUUGCUUUACAAGUUCAGCUGCAGCUACCCUCUAGAGUACCUGGUCAACAACACUCAGCUGGCCUCGUCAGCCGCAGCCAUCUCCGUGAAGGAAAGCAAUGGUACCUUCAUCAGCACCUUGAACCUGAUGCUCUACAACGACUCGACGUACGUUCAGCAGCUGUCCAUCCCAAUGGCGGGACUCACACUGAAGACACGUGUGUUUGCAGCUGUGAGAGCCUCUAACCUCGACAGAAGAUGGAAUGUCCUGAUGGACUACUGUUACACCACUCCCUCUGGGAACCCCAACGACGAUCUCCGCUACGACCUCUUCUUCAGCUGUGAUAAGGACCCCCAGACCACGGUGUUUGAGAAUGGGAAAAGCCAAAUGGGACGCUUUGCCUUUGAGGUGUUCCGCUUUGUCAAGCACAAGAACCAGAAGAUGUCAACCGUCUUCCUGCACUGCGUCACCAAGCUGUGCCGAUCCGACGACUGCCCGAUGCUAAUGCCGAUUUGUGGAAGCAGAAGAAAGAGGGACCUCCUAGAUGGGAAGGAGGCCCUUCCCUCAGCCUCUGGGAAUGCAGUGAUCACAGCCGGACCAAUCAUCACCCGCAGUGAUGAAACGCCCACCAACAACUCACAACUGGGCCAGCCGUCACCCCCUGCGUUCCGGAUUAACGCGGUGACCAGCGCCCUCCUCUCGGGCGUGGUCAUCCUCGGCGUGGUGAGCGUGUGCUUCUUCGUACUGUCGCUCACCCUCCUCAGGGGCAAGAGCGUUCCCGCCGGCAUCGUGUCGGGGGCUCGAAACCCUGCGUUCAACUGAGCAAGCGCCUUAAUCGAGACCCCGCAAUCCAAACACACCGGAGCUACAGGGGUACACUGUUCAUCCAAUAUGGCCUCAGUCACUGCUUCAUCAUGUUGUGGUUUAAAGGGUGGUUUUUAAUAUUGAUUUAGAUUAAAUAAUAACUGUUUAGGACUGUAGAAGACGUCCACAUGUGCAUUGUACUGUGUACCUAUUUUUUGUCGUUUUACCAGCACUGUGACCAAUCCAACUGUUUUUCUGCAUGGGUAUAAGCACUGUACAGGUUUACCUAACUUAAGUCAAUACCUCAGCUCAACAGCUUUCACUUGCAGGGUAUCGGAUCUAUAUUUACUUAUUAUACGUAGGGAUUGGUGUAACUAACAUAACCAUAACAAAGGGGCCACACAACGGAAGGACAUUACAGUAGGUGUACAGUUUCUCCCUUGAUGGUUUGAUAACGCAUGAUGGAUAAAGUGCCUAAGGUAUGGAUUUCACGUGACGGAAAAUGAAAACACGUAUGUGCUUGAGGUGCUUCUUAGAGUUCACUUUUUAAACCAUAUUAAUAUAAUGAUUAAAAUGAGUCUUUAAUUUAUUUCUUGAAAAUAAUUAGGAAGGUAUUGUGAUGAUUAAUCUAUUAAUACAAAGAUGUUGUAGCUACAUUUUAGCUUGAGACAAUUGUACUAUGUGCCGAUGUCCUACCUUAGUAGACCAAUGACACUCUUCUAUAUCUGUAUUAUACAAUGUUGAGGGACUUUGCUUUCUGACAUGUUGUACAAAGCAUUUGCAAACGUUUAAAUUUGUACUUAAGUUAAGACUAAGUUUGCCCAGUCGCACAAUAA